AAGAGAUCCAGAUCAGGGUGUUGGACAUGCCGGGAAGCUGGGUAUAAAUGCGACGAAGCGAAGCCAUUCUGCGGUCGUUGUGUGAGGUUAAACAUACCUUGCCAAGGCUAUGGGUUAAGGCUGAGGUGGCGUCCUCACAAAGACCCAAAGAAAGGAGAGGACCUUCGAUUCCGACAUGAUGAUCGCCAUCAUGAACUGAGAGAACCGACGGCGCACAGCAAUGAAGCACAGGCAGCCAUUAUUUCACCACCUGCAGAUACUGCCGUUACGACACCCAGUCGUUCUACCUCGGACGGUUGGGUCGUGCGCGAGCGAGAGCAGCUGCGCGAAGUUUCAAUACCGCGUGAUCCUCAGUACUGGGCUCUUUAUCUAUCUCUUGAUGACUAUCACCUUUUUCAUCACUUUACCACUGUUGUUUCAUCUUUAAUUUCCAUAAAACCUACGGAUAAUCCUUUUCAGAGGCAUUUUACCAGCAUGGCUCUACAAAAGGGCCCUCUUCAGUCCGCUAUCCUCUCGGUGGCCGCCAGUCAUUUGAUAGCAAUUUCACCUGGUAAAGAUACCGAGAUUGCUGCCAGAAAACAUCAUAGGAUGGCCAUACAGUCUUUAUCUAUGGCGCUCAAAAGCUCGAUGGAAAGAUUUUCUGAUGCAAUUCUUGCGACCGUGUUGAUGCUGCAAGUCAGGCGUCAGUUUAUGGACAGCGUCGAAGAGGCAGACGAAUGCCAUCUCUCUGCUGCUAGAGAACUCAUUCGUAUACGCAAAGGGCUGCCCACUGUGUCGACGUCCUGUUUCCAGUUCCUUCUCAGCCUUUUCAGCUAUCAUGAUAUACUAGGAUCCAUUGCUCACGCAAGGCCGCCUUUCAUUCUUGACCAUGAGUAUUUCUGCUCUAAUACCAUGGCUCCGCUCUUCGACAGCGCCUUCGAUAUUCUCAAUAUAGCAUCAGAUAUCAGCUCGCUGCAGUCGAUGAAGAGUGGCGCCAUAACAACAUCAAAUGAAGAAAUCCAAUCGCUUAUUCAGGUAUUUGAACACAAACUCGAAACCUGGCAACUUCCUGACGAUGCCUCCGCGAAUAUUGAUCUUGCCAAUACUGCGAUUGCAUAUCAUGCUGCUGCAUCCAUCUAUCUAUUCCGCGUGGCAUAUAACACUGGCUCUCCACACCCGCGUACCUUGCACCGAGUCCGACUCUGCUUGGAUGCGCUAGCGAAAGUUCCUAUAACGUCGCCACUGGUGUCCAUGCACGUUUGGCCGUUGUUUACGGGAGGAUGCGAAGCUAUCGAUCCGCAAGAUAGAUUAUUUGCAGUUCAGCGGCUUAAAGAGAUGUACCGUAUCAGGAGAAUUCCCUCUCUGAUUCGCGUUCGAGAAGCCAUGGAAACUGUUUGGAAGUGUAAAGACUUGCAAGGCGGAGAUAGCAGACCUGAUCUCAUGGUUAAACUAGGAUGUCUUGAAGCUUUG